AUGGCCUUUGACGUGCUCGUCCCUCCUAUGGCAGCUCAGAGAACAUUCUCAGCUGCUGGCUGCAUGGUCACGCCACGACGGACACGCCACUCGUGGCUAGGUAGAAACCUGGCGAAUCUCUCUGCAUACAGACGCUGGGUUCGCCGGGUUGAGGGUCAGAUACAACGGCACGAGAUUUUGGCGGAGCCAAAGGGUCACAGCAAUUCAAAAUCCGGCACGCUUGCCCAUCACUUGCCUAUCAGGGACGAUCCCGUUCUUGCCGGUGCUGACCCUCGUCCAGACGAUUGGCUCGGGGCGGUUACCCGCGCUGCCCCUCGGGCCGCCGCAUAUGGGCCGUCCGUGACCGAGGCGGAAUCCGUCCACACAAUACCCCCGCUACUGAUGUCGCGAAUCCUAUCAAACGGACCGCGUACGACGCCACGACCAGCCGGGCCCGGGCAGUGUAAACAAGAACCCAUUCUUGCCAUUCUCAUAACCACAACCACAGCAUCACGAAACCCGACCACAACGGACCUUGACCUAGUGCUCCCAGUUCCAACUCCGGCCUCGCUGCAAGAGCCUUCCGGAUUCCGGGAGACAAGCUUGCGCCCUCACUCCCCAGAGGACAGGUCUUCACCCCCAGGGGCCAAGCUUCGUCUUCACCCCUGGGGGCCAGCCUUCCUCUUCACCCCCAGGGGCCAAGCUUGGUCUUCACCCCUGGGGGCCAGCCUUCGUCUUCACCCCUGGGGGCCAGCCUUCCUCUUCACCCCCAGGGGCCAAGCUUGGUCUUCACCCCUGGGGGCCAGCCUUCGUCUUCACCCCUGGGGGCCAGCCUUCGUCUUCACCCCCAGGGGCCAAGCUUGGUCUUCACCCCUGGGGGCCAGCCUUCGUCUUCACCCCCAGGGGCCAAGCUUGGUCUUCACCCCCGGGGGCCAGCCUUCCUCUUCACCCCCAGGGGCCAAGCUUGGUCUUCACCCCCGGGGGCCAGCCUUCCUUCACCCCCAGGGGCCAAGCUUCCUCUUCACCCCUGGGGGCCAAGCUUGGUCUUUACCCCCAGGGGACACGUCUUCCUUCACCCCCGGGGGCCAGCCUUCAGUCUUCACCCCCAGGGGACACGUCUUCCUUCGCCCCUGGGGGCAGCCUUCGUCUUCACCCCAAGCUUCGUUUUCACCCCCAGGGGACAAGCCUGCGCCCUCACUCCCCAGAGGACAGGUCUUCACCCCCAGGGGCCAAGCUUCGUCUUCACCCCAAGCUUCGUCUUCACCCCCUGGAGACAAACCUGCGCCCUCACUCCCCAGAGGACAGGUUUUCACCCCCAGGGGCCAAGCUUCGUCUUCACCCCCAGGGGACACGUCUUCCUUCACCCCGGGGGCCAGCCUUCAGUCUUCACCCCCAGGGGACACGUCCUCCUUCGCCCCUAGGGGCAGCCUUCGUCUUCACCCCAAGCUUCGUCUUCACCCCCUGGAGACAAGCCUGCGCCCUCACUCCCCAGAGGACAGGUCUUCACCCCCAGGGGCCAAGCUUGGUCUUCACCCCUGGGGGCCAGCCUUCCUCUUCACCCCCAGGGGCCAAGCUUCGUCUUCACCCCAAGCUUCCUCUUCACCCCCGGGGGCCAAGCUUCGUCUUCACCCCCAGGGGGCCAGCCUUCCUCUUCACCCCCAGGGGCCAAGCUUCGUCUUCACCCCAAGCUUCCUCUUCACCCCCGGGGGCCAAGCUUCGUCUUCACCCCCAGGGGACACGUCUUCCUUCACCCCCGGGGGCCAAGCUUGGUCUUCACCCCCGGGGGCCAAGCUUCCUCUUCACCCCCAGGGGACACGUCUUCCUUCACCACCCCCCCCUCCCUUCCUCAACGCCCUAACCCUAUACCGACCCGCCCCCUCCCCUCCUACUAUCACCAGGCCGGCGGACGACUUUGACCAUCAGCAGGAGACGCUAUUCCGGAACGAAACCCCUAAGGAGGCACGACGGUCUCAGCAAGGCAAAGAGCUCACUGCUGAUUCAAAUCCGGACGGGAGCAAUAGCCUUACGGGACUUCUUGUUUACACGGGGAGUCCCGGAGGUUCUGACUCCUGCCUGCGAGUGUGGCGAGGGACGAGAGACUGCCGAGCACCUGGUAGUGUGGUGUUUGGCCCCACCGUUGACUUGAAGAUAGGAGAGAACUGGAAUUUGGACACGACGGGACUUUUACUCUGUUCUACACGGCAUCAAUCCCACGACUGCACGGCUCGCGAGGAGAGUCCUCGACUGGCUGAUGGACUCGGGGAAGCUGCCGAUGUACAACUUAGCCAGGAGACUCGAGCUGGAAGCGGCGGCCUGAAGUGCCCCCGUUCGGAGGCGAGGAGGCCUCCUCUCUUUGUAUACGCAGACUCACCAGAACGCAUCGUUCCUUGA